AUGCGACUUCUAUACAAAAGCCUGCAGUGCCAACUGACUGCAGUAGUCACCGCUGCCGCUAUAAUACCCUCUGUAUUUGCUACAACGCCACGCGCCCACACUCACGCCCAUGUCACGGAUAUAUUGAGUGAUGGCGCCGAAGCUGAUGAGGACUCCAGCGUUCGCGCCACGGACAUUAUCAAUGGGGCCGGAUUGCCGUUUGCGCUGGACUCGUUCAACGGAUUAGAGCUUCGACAUGAUCUAGAUGAUGAGAAGGAGGGGGAUUCUAUCGGGCUGGACCUGGUGCGGAGAGCCCCUCCUGCUGACUCUACGUCUAUCAUAAACAACAAUUUCCAGCACUCGACUAUCAACAUUGGAGGUAUACAAUAUUGGUACGUGCCUGCCAGUACGAUCAAUGGGCCACAUGGUGUAAAGGGCGCAGGACUGCCUCAGUAUGUGGAUUCUGAUGGCUCAAAUUUAACGCAUCAAGAAGCCGAUGAGCUUCGAAGGCGAGAUGGAAAAUUAAAUAAGCGCGCGUCGACACUGUACCUGUCACUGGUGACAUGCACCAGGCCUUCGACCAAUGUUACAGGUGAAGAGGGUUCAUUUCCCCAAUUGAAGAUGUACGUGUCGCAGUCCGAUGAUCUAAAGGAACCGGGGCCUGGGAAAGACGACUCCCUCCAGACCGUCACGACAUCAGACAAGGGGUAUUUGGGCAUGGACAUAGAGGCAGACAGCGAUGUCUGGAUAAGUGUUGUGGCAGACAACACUACAUCGUACUCUGGAUCCUAUAGCUAUAAUAUAGCAGCCUCGAUUGAUGAACCUUACUACAAUUUGGUCGCUGAUCAUCCGUUCUUAUAUUUUGUCGACUCAGACCAAUCUGCUGCGUUAUUGGUAACCAACAACCUUACGCAGUCUGAGCCUGGCUCUCAAAAUUUCAAAGAUUGGAUGAAUGUUAAUUCUCCAUAUACCAUGUUCGCGCACAAUCUCAACGACACCUCAUUGAGCGGCAUGGAGUCUUCGUUCUGCGCAGUGAAUUCUCUUUCCACGGUCGUCAGCAAUCCAAGUAACACCGGUAUGACCAGUCGAGGACUAGGAAACAAGCCCAAGGAGCAGUUCUAUGUUCAAGGCCUUAAAUCCAGUUCUACAUAUAUUGGAAUUUUGGGAAUGGUAGGAAACUCCAGUACGAAUGGAGUUGGGAAUAACAUUACCGGCGGAGGAGGAAUCGUCUGGCAACCGAUGAACUUUACCACCAAAACUGAAAAUAACUGCGCUGUCUUAUUCAAUCUCACAUUCUGUGAAGAAGUAGCCUACGCAGUCCCAUCCAACCCUAACAAAACAGUCGAAGAACUCCGACAAAUCUACGACAACUACACUCGCAAAUACUACCAAAACUUCAACUACUCCCUCCAACAAAUUCAAUGCAACGCAUCCCAGGAAUCCAUGUUUUCCCUAGCAGUCAACUGCACAGAUUGCGCCCAAGAAUACAAACAAUGGCUAUGCAGCGUUAGCAUUCCGCGCUGUGCAGACUUUAGCUCAAACGAGACAUACUUACGAGUCCGUAACGCGGGUCAAGAUUUCAUCAACGGAUCCUCAUUACCUGAGAAUGAUCCUUUCAGGUGUCUUGUCCUGCUGCGUUGGGAUUCGGAUGUCCGUCUGGCUCUUAUAUGA